GUGGAAGAGGGCGGUCGUGCGUCCCUGGCCGGGAUCUGCGAGGGGGACGAGGUGGUGUCGCUGAAUGGAGAACCCUGCGGCGAGCUUUCCCUCCCAAAAGCAAUUGCUCUCAUUGACGCCUCCGUCGACUGCCUGCAACUACUGGUUAAAAGGUAACCUCAAGCGCUGGAUUUUUUACUAUUAACUGCAACAUUGUUUCUCAAUCAAUUUUUGAUGGGAGAAGUCAGGGUGUGCACAUCAUCUCAACCUCGGGGUGCUACCAGGAUUGGGGUCAAUUUGAAUUGAAGGCAGUCAAUUCAGAAAGUGAUAUGCCCUUUUUUCAAUUACUGAAUUCAGUUGACUUCUUUAAUUGACUUUAAUUCAAAUACACCCCAAACCUGGGUGCUACCGGUUUAUCAAGGUUUAACCAUCCCCAACUCAAUUCUCUCAAAACCUACUGCUGCAUUGGUCUGAUUAACUGGGCCAUGAACUACAAAGCAUGGUUCAACACAACAAGCACCAGUGUAUUUGCCUUUAGACAACAUGACCUGCCCUUGUACACAGUUGCGUGGCCUGGAAUAUGGUAAGCAGACGGACAGAUAGAGUGGCUUUAUUGGCAAGUGUGUUGACCUUUGAGUGGCUUGGCUGCUGACGAACCAGCUGCCCGCUCAACAAGCAGCUGUUAAACAGUUACUCAGCGGGCAUCACACACCGUGUGCCAUGGGAUAUUGGUGCCAAUGCCCAUAUGUAAGGCAUCAUUUAGGUCACCCGGCGGGCACACAGUCCCUUUGAAAGUGGAUCUUGUUACUCUAAAGUGGCUACCCGUCUUAUUUCCCCAUCAUGCAUAGCACUCUGACGUCAACAGACUCGAUGGGUGAAAAGCAAUAUGGUGGCAAAGCUUCUUAGCCAAUUGUAGGACUUUAACCAUGCCACUUCAAGUCUCUGGUGAUAGAAGAAACACAGACCAGCUCACACUCAAGAUUUGGUUCUGAGUGCAGAGAUUAUGCAACUUUGAACAUAUCUCUCAUCCUCUUCCCUUUGGUUGCUGGGCUCCAAUUGACUCCAAUGCAAUAACUGUGGUCACAGAAUGACAUUCUGUUUUCCUCUAUGACGCUGAAAGGGGAAAUUAAGUGGGGCCCAAUUGAAAUGUGAUUACUUUCCACUUCAGUGCUUCACUCCAGUCAUUUAACAUGAGGGACGGAGAUUGAGUUUGCUUGAUUAAGGUGGCCACUUGAGGGCCAGCGGUUGAUGAGAUGGCUUUAGUUAACACAAAGGGCAAGUGCUCUGGUGCGCAGCACAAUAUUCAAUGAUAUUGCAUAUUGGAAAUCCAGAAACACUAUAGUUUUGUUAUUAGAUGUUCUAUGCCAGUCCCCAGAUAACAGACAUAUAAACACAGUAUGCACAGUUUCAUCACUUUGCUAAGUACUAACAAUUUUCAUUGAACUAUUGUAUGAUGUGUUAUGCUCUUCACUCCCCCCCCCCCCCCCCCCCUUCAUACAGAUGGCGCACCCUAUCUCCCAAGGAUUUUCAUUCAGAGGAGACCUACUUUGGCACAAGGGAGUCCUCCCUUCGCAUCCUGUCCCCUGGCAGGUCCCAACCACCCAGGGAGCUCUACAUCGCCGAUUCCCAGGACGAGGCCUAUUAUGGGGUGACGGAGAGCGACACGGAGGCCCCCGGAGGGAUCCACCUGGUCCGCACCCAGCUCUACGUACCCGCGCCUGAGGAGUGCCAGUUCCCCAGAGGAAGAGGGGACAAAGGUCGAGCGGGACCCCAUGGGGGAAGUUUCUCCCCGGGGGCAAUGGUGGAGCUACAGUUGUCCCUCGCCGAACACACCCUGGAGGAUCCUGUCUGCACCUCCCUGGGGAGUGCUCUUGGAAUAGAGGGGGAGAUUCAGGCGAGAGAGGCCCUCAAGAACGAGGCCCUCCUUCACACCACCACCCACUCUCUCUACGUCCCUGGCCCAGCUAGGGAGCCCCUGGGUCAGCAUGGAGUGGUGCUGAGCUCCCCCUCUCUGCUAGGCCAGGUGGAGGUCACCCUACAGCACCCAGCAGCCGGGAGGGGCUCUCCUCGCCUGGUAGAGGGGAUGGGCGCCUAUGGGGCCAGUGGAGGUGUUGGUGGAGCCCCCGGGAAGGAAGGAGGAGGGAAAAGCCAGGGAGCUCCCACCUCCUUCACCGUCUCCUUUGGAAUGCCCGCAGAGGGGGCGGAGCCGGCAGAGGAGCGAGACUCUGAUUCAGAGAAGGACCUUGAGAAACCCAACAAGCACCGGGCCAAGCACGCCAGUGAGUACCCCAUACCUUUUCCCUUACACUUAUCUCACUGCCACUAGUCAUCCUUUGUGUGUGUAUGAGUGUUAAAUUAGUAUUGUCUUAUAGGGUGCACUGACUCAGACCUUAAUAGCAGACUGAGAUAGCAAUGCUGUGAACUGCAUUUGUUAAUGCAACUCUGGGUGGCAUGUGUGCAUUCCUUAGCCCGGUGCUCUGGUGCACACUAAAAUGUGCCCCCCAAAAUAGUAGAUGAUCUCUCUUACUUGGGAAGGGUUUGUUUGGAUUGAAGCCUAAAUUAUACUAGUAGUGUCCAGUUUGUAGUAUCCAAGAUCACUGAAGGCAGGAUUGUGGCAAUAUACUGUAUAGAUAGAUUAGAUAGAUAGAUUAGAUAGAUUAGAUAGAUUAGAUAGAUUAGAUAGAUAGAUAGAUAGAUAGAUAGAUAGAUAGAUAGAUAGAUAGAUAGAUAGAUAGAUAGAUAGAUAGAUAGAUAGAAAGAGGGGAUGAGAAGAAACAAUUCUCAUAAAAAAUAUAUACAUUUAAAAAAUGCCCUAUCAAAUGUUUUCCUCUAGCUUUGAAUAGGGGCCUGAUGAGGAUGUGUCUUCCAGAGAUAGAUAGGGCAUUACAUUGAGCCGUGCAGGGGGACAUAAAUCAAACCCCAGCGCGUUGAUGAUGCCUGCAGAAGUGCUCUUUGACGGACACCAGCAUAUGCUGCACUGCCCCGUUACCCGAUCCUUUAAAACUGCAUGUCUUAGCCUGCGCCUUAAAGAGAGCUUCGCUCACUACUCCACGUCUUCCUCCACCUUGAGGUUAGUCUACUGGGGGAAAUACAAAUGUAAGGAUGGUUUCUUUUAUAAAUCACCGCUUUGUGUUUGUGUAUGUGUGUGUAUGGUUGGGGCCGUUAAAGAGUUUGUGGACAUGCCUGUCGUCGCCUCGGGUUCAGGUGACAGAUCCGUGAGUGGAUUUACAGAAAAGGGGGAAAGGUGCUUGGGUGCUGGUGAACGCACUUCUGUCCCACAGGCUAAUUUAAAUAUUUUCUAUGCUCUGCCAUUGGCUCAAACUAAUUGGGCCACCCGUUGAAUAGGCUGUCACAGCUGUGUUAAUAUCAUGUAUUAUCGGGAAACAAACGAGGAGUAUAUUAGGCAUGGGUCAGAUAAUUAGGUAAUUGCUUUGCAUGUUAAUUGAAUAGAGAUUGUGUAGAUUGAAUGAUCAAAUCUGUGAUUUAUAUAUAUAUUUUUUUAUUUUAUUUAUUUAACCUUUAUAUAACCAGGUAAGCCAGUUGAGAACAAGUUCUCAUUUACAACUGCGACCUGGCCAAGAUAAAGCAAAGCAGUGCGAUAAAAACAACAACACAGAGUUACAUAUGGGGUAAACAAAACAUAAAGUCCAAAAUACAACAGAAAAUAUAUAUACAGUGUGUGCAAAUGUAGCAAGUUAUGGAGGUAAGGAAAUAAAUAGGCCAUAGUGCAAAAUAAUUACAAAUCUUGGCACUGAGGUAAAGGGCUUUGAAGACCAAUUAUAAGAUUAGGACCAGGAAAGUGUUGAGUGAAUGAUGUCUAUGAAAAUAUCAAUUUAUAGGUUAUUGAUUGCAUUUGUCAUUUGAGGGAGUUUUACAAAUUCGUUUUUGAUUGAAAUAUUUCAAUAUAAUGGGCUGAGUCAAAUUGUCUGCAUUGAUAUUUAGCUUAUGCUGCCUUUAAGUAACUAAUAACAUGAUUUGAGUUUGCAGUUUGUCAACAUUUUUGCCAUUUGGCAUGUCUGCCAUUUAAAGAGUAAUUGUUUAUAUAAAGUGAAAGUGAAAUAUCAGUGAAAGUGACUAGUGAGUGGUUGCGUUAAUGUAUUUAGAUAUGUUUUCACAAUGCCAUUAGGGUGGAUGUUCAGUGUUAAGAUGUAUUCAAGAUUAUCAUAAACUUGAGAAAAUGUGGUUGCAGUACUGGUAUCUGACAACAGUGCAACUUUGUGUGGCAAACAUAAAUCAAACAACGGAAAAGUAAUGAAUCAAAGUAAUUCAAACUGCAGAUAAAAUACAGUGAGCUCCAAAUGUAUUGGGAAAGUGACAAUUUUUGUUGUUGUUUUGGCUCUGUACUCCAGCACUUUUUUUUAAAAUGAUACAAUGACUAUUUAAUUUGAGGGUAUUUUCAUCCAUAUCGGGUGAACCGUUAAGAAAUUACAGCACUUUUUGUACAUACUGUAGUCCCCCCAUUUUAGGGGACCAAAAGUAUUGGGACAAAUUCACGUAUAUGUGUAUUAAAGUAGUAGAAUGUUAAGUAUUUGGUCCCAUAUUCCUAGCACGCAAUGAUUUCAUCAAUCUUGUGACUCUACACAUUUGUUGGAUGCAUUUGCUGUUUAUUUUGGUUGUGUUUCAGAGGAUUUUGUGGACAACAGAAAUGAAUGGGAAAUAAUGUAUUGUGUAAUUCUGGAGUCACUUUGUUUGUAAAUAAGAAUAGAAUAUGUUUCUAAUCACUUCUACAUAAAUGUGGAUUCUACCACGAUUACAGAUAAUCCUGAAUGCAUCAUGAAUAAUGAUGAGUGAGAAAGUUACAGAAGCAUAAAUAUCAUACCCAAGACAUGCUAACCUCUCACCAUUACAAUAACAGGGGACGUAUGAUAUUUGUGUGUCUAAUUUUCUCACUCAUUAUUCAUGAUUCAUUCAGUAUUAGCCGUAAUCACCAUAGCAUCCACAUUAAUGUAGAAGUGUUUAGAAACAUAUUCCAUUCUUAUUUACAAUAAAGUGACUCCAAAAUGACACAAUACAUUAUUUAGCAUUCAUUUCUAUUGGGCACAAAAUAAUCUGAAACACAACCAAAACACAACCAAAAAUACUAAACUUUUUACUACUUUAAUACACAUGUGAAUUUGUCCCAAUACUUUUGGUCAACUAAAAUAGUGGGACUCUGUACAAAAAGUGCUGUAAUUUCUAAAUGGUUCACCCGAUAUGGAUGAAAAUGCCCUCAAAUUAAAUUCGAAGUGCUUGAGUACAGAGCCAAAACAACAAAAAAUGUGUCACCAUCCCAAUACUUUUGGAGCUCAGAUAGGAAGGGAUUAAUUUAUAAUAUUUUACAUGUUUUAAGAAUGCAUGAUAUUUUUACGAUGCAUGUGCAUCCAAAUUGAAUGAUUUGUGGUGGUUUCAGUUCUACCCAAGCUAUUAUUACCCAUAAUAUGCAAUUAAAUGAACUAGACAACAAAAAGCAACCAUUUGAAAUAUCCCUCUUCUCUCUCCCUCUACCCUCUCUUUUCCUCUCCCUCUCGCAGGGCUCAGGCGCAGUGAGAGCCUGUCAGACAAGCAGGUGAAGGAGGCUAAGUCUAAAUGUAAGCGCAUUGCUAUCCUUCUGAAUGCUGAAGCUCCCAACCCCAACAACAAGGGGGUGUUGAUGUUCAAGAGGCAUCGACAGAGGGCCAAGAAGUACACACUCGUCAGCUACGGCACCGGUGAGAGCGAACCAGAGUACGAGGACGACGACAGCGACGACGAAGAAGACUACGACAAAAAAGACGCCAGAGCGAUCGAAUUCACCCUUGUAGCCACCUCCAGCGGAUCAGAGCUCGAGGAGGACUUCAUCACCAAUGCCCAGGGCGGUGGCAGAGUGCUAACCUUCGACUGGGACACAGGACUACUCGAGAUCGAGCGCAAGCUCAACUCCAGAGAGGAGAUGGAGCAACUGCCCAACACCACAGGCAAGGGGGGCACAAUGUUCGCUCAGCGCCGCCAGCGCAUGGACGAGAUCGCAGGCGAACAUGAGGAGAUGAGGCGCCAGGGGAUUCCCGUGGAGGGGGUACGGGAGGUGCAGAAGCAUGCAGCCUACCAGCAGAUGGAGGAGCGCUCGUACAUGCAGGCCACCACAGAGAGCCAGGCCUACAUGGACUUUAGCGUGCACCAAAAGCAACAGCAACAGCAACAGUAUCAAAAGUACCAAGAGCAGCAGUACUACGAGCAGCAACAGCAGCAAUACCAGCAGCAACAACAGUACGAGCAGCAGCAAUACCAGCAGCAACAACAAUAUCAUCAACAACAGCAGCAGCAGUACCACCAGCAGCAAGAGUACCAACAACAGCAGCACAUUCAGCAGUACUCGUCUAACAUGAAUGGCGUAGCCAACCACCAAACCAAUGAAAUGCAGAGUUCCAUGAGCAAUCGAACUGCCCAACCCUUCUCAUUACAAAACCGGAUGUCCGCCCUGUUUUCUCCCCCUGUGACUGGGAACAACCAAGAGACGAUGGGUCAGGGGGAGCAGAUUGCCUCACGUGACGAGCGCAUUUCGACGCCGGCAAUCAAGUCUGGGAUCUUGCAGGACACAAGGAACAGGUUCAAGGGCAAGCCAAUGUUCAAUUUCAAACAAGCACCCAAAGUGUCACCCAACCCCGAGCUUCUAAAUCUCCUCAACAGGAGUGACAAGAAGUUGGAUUUCGAGUCAUGCACGGAAGAGGACUACCUUAGCUUGGGAGCUGAGGCUUGCAACUUCCUCCAGUCACCAAGGGUCAAGCAUAAGAUGCCUCCACCAGUCGCUCCCAAGCCCAUCAUUAACCCCAACUCUCCGCCCUGGUCCCCUCAGCCUGAGCUGGCCAAGCAGGAGUUGCCACUGCAUACUGAAAAUAGCGUCCCUGCACCUGCUGCAGCCCCCGAGACCGAGUCCGCCCCUGCUCCAGAUCUGGCCCCAGAGCCCUCCCCCCCUCUUGAACCCCAGGAAGCUACUGUUCCUGCCAAGCCCCCCUCUCCAGACAAACACAGAUAUAGUCCCCCAGUGUCCCAGGCACAGCAGCAGCAGCCCCAACAAGCGCCAGCCUGGGGAGGAAAUGGUCCUUCUCCAACUCAGCCUCAUUCGCAACCGGAGCCUCAAGUGAGUUCCUGGGCUCCGUCACUGACACAGGCUUCACAGCAGCCACUUGUGAGUACUUGGCCACCUGCUGAAAUGAACCAGCAGGCUCCAGCUCCAAGUCAGUCCCCACCACAGCUCCCUUGGGUGACUCCCCAACCACCUCCUCCUCAGCCUCAGCCUCAGCCACCCAUGAAUUCUUGGGCUCCAGCACCUGCCCAGUCACAACCCCAAUGGGUUCAACCUCAAGAACAGCAACAGCCCCAGGCACCUUGGGCUCAACCUCAAGAACAAGCACAGCAACAGCCCCAGCCACCUUGGGCUCAACAACCUCAGCCUCAGUCUCCACAACAGGCUUGGCCCCAGGCCCAAACCCAGGCCCAACCUCAGCCACCUUGGAUGUCAUCACCUCAGCCUCCAAUGAAUGCAUGGACAACACCACAGAGCCAGGCCCAGCCACAACAGCCACCUUGGGCCCAACCAGCCCAACCCCAACAUCCAGCUCAGCCCCAACCCCCUAUGAAUGCAUGGGCCCCAGCACCUGCUCAGGCUCAGGUCCAGCCUCCCUGGGCCCAGCAACCUCAAGAGCAAGCACAGCCACCCAUGAAUGCCUGGGCCCCAGAUCAGAAUCAGGCCCGGCCACAGCCACCUUGGGUCCAACCACCUUCAACCCAAUCCCCACCCCAGCAAAACUGGCAACAGCCACAUCCACAGCAGGCAUCCCUACAGCCAUCUAUGAAUGCAUGGGCCCCAGCUCAGGCACAGCCUCAGACACACACAAGUACCUGGGCCCCACAACCACAGCAAGCCCCAGUGAAUACUCAGACCCGAAUGGACAGAGUGUGUCAACCUUCUCCAAAACCUUGGAAUGCUCCACAAAGUGCUCCCCGUUCUACUCCCCCACCUCCCCCACAGCGAAAUAA